UAUGACGUCACGAGAGAUGCAACAAGAAGACAGAACUUUAGAGAUUCCGUCCUUACUGACCGACGCAGAGUUUAUUUAUCACUGGUGUGCGGUUUUCAGAAUGGCUAUGACUGGAAAUUCACACAUCCAUCCAUACCACAGCUUUGGUGUGUGCAAAGGAGUACGAAAUAACCUGCUUCUACCCGAUGAAAGAACUGUGAUUUUCCCAAGUGGAAAACACUGCAUCCGCUACCACAUACCUGAGCAACGGAGCGAAUUCAUUCAUGGUACAAAGGGAAACAAGGGCUUGCAGUCCCUGACUUUAAGCCUUGACCAGCGCUACCUGGCUGUGUCAGAGAGAGGACAAUGGGGUACAAUAACCAUCUAUGAACUAAAAACUGAAACGUGCCCCAUGAAGCAGGUUUUAAAGGGCCAGGACCUCGGCGUGCAUGAAUUUGUCUCCCUGGCUUUUUCUGCGGAUUCCAAGUAUCUCCUGGGCCAGUCUGGAGGACCCAAAUGGUCCCUCUUCUACUGGCAGUGGAUAGAAAAUGAGGUCAUUGCUACUGCACAGACUUCUAACAGUGCGGUUGUCAGUCAGGUAAGCUUUAACCCUUACGAUGAAAAACAGAUUUGUGUGAGUGGGAAGGGACUCUUGAAGCUCUUUGAGUUGCAGAAGGGCUCCCUGAGACAGGGAAAGUCAUUCAGGGUUGAAAAGGAGAACAUCCUGUGCCAUACCUGGCUGUCCAGGGACUGUUUCAUCUCAGGAACUGAGACAGGAAAGUUGUUGAUGGUGAAGUCCAGCCGUCUGCACAACCUGGGGAUGCCGUUUGACAGUAAAACAGAUAAAAAGGGCUUCUCAGCUCCUGGCCUGCUCCCAUCCGUCACUGCCAUCACAUCAUUUUCUAAAGGUUUUGCCUGUUCAGCUGGGGUAGGAUUGGUUUGUCUUUAUGAGAACUCAGAUGGGAAGGACGGUUACAAGAAGAGUGCAGAAAUUAGAAUACCCGAGGACACAUACACAAAUCAGCCACUUCAGGCAAUUGCCAUGAUGUGUAUCAGUCCAGAAGAGGAGACCCUGGCUGUCAGCACAGACCGGGGACAACUCUACAAGAUAAGCCUCAGCUCACCCGAGAUUAGCCUGAAUAAGAAGGAUUAUUUUGAGUUCCUGUGUCAUCCGCUUCACUCAGGGAGUAUUACCGGUAUGUCUGUCUGUUCAUCGAAACCCCUCAUCGCUACCUGCUCCAAGGAUGGCACUGUACACAUUUGGAACUACAAUUCCAUGUUUCUCGAGCAGUUUAAGGAGUUUGAUGAAGAGCCACUCUGUGUGUCAAUACACCCGGGCGGCCACUCCAUCCUGGUGGGCUUCUCCACCGAUGUCUGCCUCAUGAACUUAUUAAACGACAGCAUGCGCAUUGUCCAGAAGUUCAACAUUCACAAUUGCGCUGAGUGUGUUUUUAACCAUGAUGGCAACCUGUUCGCUGCCACCAGCAACAAACUUAUAUAUAUCUACAACAUCAGAACCCAAAACUCACUGGAACUUGUUGGCCACCCAAAGAAGGUUCAGUCUGUAAGGUGGAGCGAUGAUGACCAGCAUCUGGUCUCAUGUGGGCUGGAUGGAACCGUGUAUCUCUGGAACACUCUGACUGGCACCUAUGAGUCUAAGAAUGAGACUGAAUGUAGCUAUGCUGAUGUAAUGUUCUCACCUAUCAAUAAAAGCAUUCUUGCUGUAGACCGUUCCAACCUUAAGGAGAUCCAAGAUGGAAGGAUCCAAACUGAAUUGACCUCAGAAGGCCUAAGCUACACAGCCAUUGCUAGGACUCAUUUAGGUGAAAGAAUCUUCGUCGGAACCUCCACUGGUAGUAUCAGGGUAUUUGAAUACCCUUUAGACCAGAAGAAACCCUGGGCAGUAUAUCAGGCUCAUUCUCGUCCCAUCACCAAAAUGGUCGUCACACCUAGCGACCAGUUCCUCCUGACUGCCUCAGAGGACAACUGUCUCCUUGUCUGGGUGAUUGCUGAUCAGGAUGGACGAACACUAGAGAUGGUGCAAGACAUGGAUUAUACUGAGGAGAUUCUUUGUGCCAAGAGUUAUUUGGAGGACAAGGAGGAUAGUAUAUCUGAGCUCAAGGCCCACGUCGAGUGGCAGAGGUCGGAGCUGGAAUACAGGCUGAAUAUGAAGGACGUGGACUUCAAGAAGAACUUGAAAAUUGUUAUGCAGAAUUAUGUCCAGCAGAUAGAGGCUCUGCAAGACCAGAUGAAGGUGCUGAACACUGAGAAGGAGGAUCAGAAAGUCUUCUACCAGGACACAAUAGCCACUAUGAUUGAAAAAUACACCAAAGACCUGAAGGAUGAGGAGCUGAGCUACAGCAAGGCCAUGGUUGCUGAGCAUGAUAAAUAUGUUGAUUUGGAGAAGAAAAUGCAGAUGAUGCAGCAGAAACAUGAGAAAAAGCUGCAAGAACGGGAAGCCAACUACCUUCAUUCCAUGGAAGGCAUGAAACAAUCCUAUGAAGCAAAACUGAAGGAGCUUCAAGACAAGUGGGAGGAGGAGGUGAAGAACUUUCAGGUGUACAAGGAAGCUGCUGAAUUUGAGAUCAAGGAUAUCUACCGCUCCUACAACCUCGAUCUCCAGAUGGAGGCUGAGACCCAGGAGAAGCUUCAGCUUGAUAUGAAAUUCAUGGAGAAGAAGAUAGCACAGCACGAGGCCUUGAAAAGCAGGAUAGAAGAUCAGGGCUGCAAGAUCAAUAAUCUGCAGCAGGAGACUGAGGACCUGAAGAAGCAACUCAGGGAUGCGAAAAAAAACAUUAAUGAUCUGACAAAGGAAAAGGAGGACCAAAGAAAUACGAUCAGUGACCAGAUACGCUAUAUUGAAGAGCUCCAAAAGUCUAUUAAAAUUCGGGACAAGAGCUUGGAAGAGAAGCAAGCAGAAUUAAGCCAGUUAAUCACGGAGGGUAAAUUGCAAGAAGAACAAAAUAAGCUAAGGAGUGAAAAAGAAAGGAGUGAAGUAGAUCAACUUCAAAGAACUCUUCAGGAGUAUAAAGAAGACCUCAGAAUGGUUGAAAAUAAAUUGAGGGAGAUCAAGGCAGAAAGUGAGGAGGUCAUAGCAGACCUGAAGGAGAAGGUCAAAUCUAGGGACCAAGCCUUGCUUAGAGAGCGACAUAAGGUUAGAGAUGUAAAUAUAAAGGUACAUAGAAUGACAAGUGACAUCCACAAUUGCGCACGCUUCGUUCAGGACCUGAAGAAGCUGAAGAAAUCUUUUAUAGAACUUCAUGAACGCUAUAUGCAUCAAGAAGAAGUGACAAUGGAGAUAGAUGCUCAGGUCAUGCAAGAGCACACCAGAAACACGGAACGUUUACAGAACAUCAUUGCCUCUCAGAAUGCUAGUCGUAUUAAGGAGCUCAAGCAUGGGGAAGAAGCGUACGCAAAAGCUGUGAGGGAGAGUGGCUUUCUUGUGCAAUCACUCAACUACCAGAGAGCAGUGAACAUGAAGUUGCAGAACUGCCUCAAAGGGAAGAGUGCAUCAAGGUCUGCAGGCUCAGCAUUGUUGUCUGAGGAGGUACUAGAGGACCUAACAGAUCCUCAGCACAUGGUCCCGUUUCCAGGCACAGAAAAACAAUUGCUCCAGAAACGGCUUCAGGAUAAGAGACCACACUAAACUUUCUUACACACACACACACACACACACACACACACACACACACACACACACACACAUAUUACCACCUAUAACAAUACCAAGAGUACCAAGUGAUCACCAGGUAGGUGUCAAAUACAGUGGAACCUUGGAUUACGAGCAUAAAUUUCAUCCCUGAAGCGGGCGCGUAUUCCAAAACACUCGUAAAACAAAUCGAAUUUUCCCCAUAAGAAAUAAUGGAAAUUCAAAUUAUUUAUAUAUUUCACAGCCCCAAAAAAUUUAUACAUAAAAAUAAUUAAUACAAAAUAAAAAUAAAACAAAUUAACCUUUAAAAACCUUUGAAAAGAAUUGCGACACAGGUGUUUCUGUGUAGAGCAGAGAGAAAGAGUGUGUGUGUCUGUGAAGGCGAAAGUAGGAGUGAUCUGUGUGUGUGGUGCGCGGUGUCCAAUGACACGCAUGCACAGACACAAAGAGCAGGCUGAUGGAGAAAGAAAAUAGAUUUUGAACCUCUCUGAGACUUGCUUCUGCUUUACACACGCGCUGUACACACGCAUACAGACACAAAAUAAAAUGUUUUACGUGCACACACGUGGUCAUUAUACCAGUAAGAAGCACACUAAGACCCAGCAGGGGAUACGAUUACCCACAAUUCCGCAGCGUGGAAAAAUCGUUGGCUCAGUUGUGAUCAUGUGUCGCUCUGCGUCAAAACCAUAAGCGCAUUCGUGAUACAUGAUACUUGGUACUAGUAAAUCAAGGACUUGAUCGUUUUCCAAGUCAAAAAUUAUUAAAAAUCCUAGCUCGUCUUGUGGAACACUCGCAAUCCGUGUUCCUUCAAUCCGAGGUUUCACUGUACAGUACAUAAAUAAAGUAAAGUUGAAAGAGAGGAGGGUGUUAAGAAUGCUGGCUAAAAACUUUUGUCUAACAAACCAGUCACCAAGUUUGUAAUGGGUCUGUCUUUGUUCUUUUUGUGUCGGGGAUGUGACAUGACACUUAAAGCAUUUACCCCUAAAAUUGUCGGAGAAAAUGUCAUUUAAAGACAACAGUGGAGGACAACUGUCAAAGGCUUUUAGUCACCUUUGCAUUACUAGGCAUUUUCUAGUGGCUAGUCUUUGUCAUUACUUUGACGAAACUUCUUGUGCACAAAGCCAGCUCUAUGAAGACAUGAUGUGUUAAGACUGGGGUGAAAUAACACAAGUGUCCUGACUGAACUCUAACUGAACCUCACUGAAAACUUCUGUAAUGAACCAGAACUGGAGCCUCUUUAAUUACUUCUACUUAGUACUUUUUGAAAGAAAACCUGUACUUUUAUUCACAACAAUUUAA